CGGCCAGGCUGACGCUCGCCCGCCGCCUCCUUCGCUCGGCUAGUCAGUCGCCGCCGGGGCGGGCGCCGCGUCGAGGGAGAGGGGGGCGCGGGCCGAGACGAUGGCGGACGUCCUGAGCGUGCUGCGCCAGUACAACACGCAGAAGAAGGAGAUCGUGGUGAAAGGCGACGAGGUGAUCUUCGGCGAGUUCUCCUGGCCCAAGAAUGUCAAGACCAACUACGUGAUCUGGGGAACAGGAAAAGAAGGCCAGCCAAGAGAAUACUACACUUUGGAUUCAAUUUUGUUCCUGUUGAAUAAUGUGCAUCUCUCACAUCCAGUUUAUGUCCGUCGUGCUGCAACAGAAAACAUUCCUGUGGUAAGGAGACCUGACAGAAAAGACCUCCUUGCAUAUCUAAAUGGCGAAACAUCAACAUCCUCAAGUAUAGACAGAAGUGCACCACUUGAAAUAGGUCUUCAGCGAUCUACUCAAGUUAAAAGGGCAGCUGAUGAAAUAUUUGCAGAAGCAAAGAAACCAAGAAUAGAGGAUGAAGAGUGUGUGCGGCUUGACAAAGAGCGGCUUGCAGCUCGACUGGAGGGGCACAAGGAAGGCAUUGUACAGACAGAGCAGAUCAGAUCCUUGUCUGAAGCCAUGUCUGUGGAAAAGAUUGCUGCCAUCAAAGCCAAAAUCAUGGCCAAGAAAAGAUCCACUAUUAAGACAGAUUUGGAUGACGACAUAACCGCUCUUAAACAGCGAAGUUUUGUUGAUGCAGAGGUUGAUGUAACUAGAGACAUUGUCAGCAGGGAAAGAGUGUGGCGGACAAGAACUACUGUUUUACAAAGCACAGGGAAGAAUUUUGCCAAAAACAUAUUUGCAAUUCUUCAGUCCGUCAAAGCUAGAGAAGAAGGCCGUGCUCCUGAGCAAAGACCAGCCCCAAAUGCUGCACCAGUGGAUCCCACUUUACGGAAUAAGCAGCCAAUUCCAGCUGCCUACAACAGAUAUGAUCAGGAGAGGUUUAAAGGAAAGGAAGAGACGGAAGGUUUCAAGAUUGAUACCAUGGGCACCUACCAUGGAAUGACACUGAAGUCUGUAACGGAAGGAGCUUCAGCGCGGAAGACUCAAGCCCCAGCAGCACAGCCUGUGACAAGGCCAGUUUCUCAAGCAAGGCCACCUCCAAACCAGAAAAAAGGAUCUCGAACACCCAUAAUCAUUAUUCCAGCAGCUACCACCUCUUUAAUAACUAUGCUUAAUGCAAAAGAUCUUCUGCAGGAUCUGAAGUUUGUGCCAUCAGAUGAGAAGAAAAAGCAAGGCUGUCAGCGUGAAAAUGAAACUUUAAUACAGAGAAGGAAAGACCAGAUGCAGCCCGGUGGAACUACAGUCAGUGUUACAGUACCAUAUCGUGUGGUUGAUCAGCCUCUAAAACUUAUGCCUCAAGAUUGGGACCGUGUUGUGGCUGUAUUUGUUCAGGGUCCUGCUUGGCAGUUCAAAGGCUGGCCAUGGUUGCUACCCGAUGGAUCACCUGUUGACAUUUUUGCAAAAAUUAAAGCUUUCCAUCUUAAAUACGACGAAGUUCGUCUGGAUCCAAAUGUUCAGAAAUGGGACGUAACGGUGUUAGAGCUCAGUUACCAUAAACGGCACUUGGACAGACCCGUGUUCCUUCGUUUCUGGGAAACACUGGACAGGUACAUGGUGAAGCACAAAUCCCACUUGAGAUUCUGAAUUGUUCGCUGCCAUUUUGUCUUCUCAAAUCUUUGAUUAAGGACUCUGGAAUCAACUCUAGCCUAGAGAGAAUCCUCCCUCUCCAUUCUGAUCAAGAACAUUCUGCAGAUAGAAGGGGAGUCGUGGUUCAGUACUUUAUAAGACCGCGUUGGAUCACCAUGUUGGAAUGACAGUCCCAACAACCAGUCAUCAUUGCAAGCAAAAGAUUUUGCUCAAAACUAUUUUUAAUAACAUAAGCCUUCUAGCCUGCAAUUCAAAUUGUAUAUUUUGAUAGCAGCCAUUUCCCCCAUUUUGUUAAAUUAGCAACAUUUUUACAACAUCUUUUUUGUUCUUCAAUAGACUAUAGGUUGAUUUUCACAGAAGGUUACGAACGUGUGUGUGUAUGUAUAUAUAGGUAUAGAUAUAGUUGUUCUAACCCACUUUGCUUCUGAGUAUAGUUCUUGGUUCUUUGCUUUAAUGUUUCACUUGUGGAAAACAUUUUGUUUUGAUUGGUAUUAUCUUCUAGCCUGAAGAAUUUUAGGAACUGAGCAAAGUCAAGACUGCUUUAGAUUAAUCAAAUUGUCAACCUUGUAUAUGUACUGUAUAUUCUUUCAGUCUUUGGAAAAGGGAUGAAAAAAUCCAGAAUUGCUUCUUUUGUUAUGAUAAUAGUUUACCAAAACUGUAAAAAGAAUCAUUAUGAAUACAUUUGAAUUAUAACAUUAUCCAUGCAAAUUCUUUAAUUUAAAAUGGUGUGUGCAUUGGACCCCACACUGAAGCAUAUGUGAAGCUCUAUAUACACAAGAACAUCUAUAGAGUUUGGGGGCAUCUGAGAUUUAUAGAAGUCAGAAUUGGCAGAACAGAAUCAUAGAAUCAGUUCUAAUUCCAAUAAAUAUACAUCAUUUUUCCUGACUGCAUUCUCACAUUACUUUGGCAAUAUGGGAACUGGAGCCAACCCUAUGGGAGGUUUUUUCUGCUGUCUCUUCUUCACCCCCCAACAUUAACACUGGCAUGGAGCUUCUUGUUAUCCUGUGUGAAGGAGUAGCGUCCCACACUGCCAAGGGAACGUCAGAAGCCAGUCUCAGUGGCAUCAGAAACCCAAACUCACUCCAGUUCCAGUCAUGACUUGUUAGGUCCAUUUUUCAGCAUUCCCACAAGUUAUAAACUUUUCAGUAACCAAAGAACAUGUGCGCUUAAUUGGGAAUGAGCUAAAGAGAGGUGGGAAAAUGCUAGUAUUUCUGUGAAUUUGUAUUUUAUAAUAUAAUUGCUGAAUGCUGAAUACCAGUGGGUAAACAAAAUGAUCUUACACGUCACGUUCAUAUGGAUUUUUUUUGAGAUGACAAAACUAAUAUUUCUGUUUUCAAAUCCAGAACCAUGUUUUUAUGCUGCGCAUCUGAGGUCUUACUUACAGAAGUAAAACAUUCUGCAUAUUC